AUUUUUAGACGAUUAUUUAGUUUCGUGUGUCAACAUGUUGGUGAAACUCGCCCUCGCCACCGUAAUGGCAGUCGGAGUUCUGGGGCGCACAGUACCCGAAGAGGAGAUGUGGUUUAAUGCGCUCCUUACGACUGACUUUUGCGAUGAAAGUAGCCUUGCAGCGCAAACACAAGUGGUGGCUACCAAGUAUUCAUUCAAGGACUGUCUGACAAACGUGUAUUCUGACGAGAACUUCAUGAAUGAGGUUAGACUAGCGAAGUUCUUCGAUAAUCAGGCCAAAAUGGUUAAAGCGUACUGCGACAGAUCAGCACAGGUGAAGGCCUGCGCCCGACCACUUUUUAGACAUUUGACGACGUGCUUCACGACUAGUGGGUUACGCACUGCACAAAAAGAUUUUGACAAAAUGAUCGACUUCUUCUGCCUUAACGAUGGAGCUAACACAAACUUGUUCAUUAAGGAAGGUGGUCCAGAGUGUCUGGAACAGAAGCGAUCAGACUUCACAUCCUGCAAAAAUAACAAGACAACCGAGAUCACUCGGCUCAUUGGUGUAUAUGGUAGUGGGCCAGCAGUUCCUGAAAAGGAGAGAUGCAAAUUAGAGAAAAAAGAAAACGAAUGUGAUUUUGCUGCAGUGAAAGGGUGCGGGAAACCCAAUCUCGAGAAACUUUUGCAACUACUACUUAAUUCUAUCGAUUUGAACUGCGAAGAAUAAACUAACAAAUACCUAACAGAAACCGGCUUGCAC